UGCUCCGGACCGUGUACGUCGGAGGAGGGCUGGAAAACUCGCAACUUUGUUGAAGGGUCUAUCUAUACUUUGACCAUAACAAACAUCUUUGUAUAAGUAUAGGACUCGUCGGGAUCAGCGUGCCUUGUAUAUCGGACACAGGAGAGCGCGGAUACAAUAGGCAAUAGUGUCUAUUUAGACCUCGCAGAUCCCUUGGCGUAUAGGAUCGCCACUCCUCCAAUCUAUACCAGGUCGUAUGGCUUCAUAGCGCACGAUGACGGUGACAGGAGCGACGACUGUCCCAGUGGCUACUACGUCGUAUACUCCACCCUUCAAAUAUGUCACGUCAUACCCUCCGCCUGUGUUGAUCACGGGUACAGUGACUGGUCCUGUAAAUAACAAUCCCACGAAUGGUUAUGCACCUGGAACGGAGGGUGACUCCCAGUAUGCCUGGGCUUACCUGAAUGCUCAUAUGAUGAGCACACCGUCAUAUCGCUAUGCGUACAUCUUAUGGAUGGCUUUUGCGUUGAUAGCCCUCAUCUACAUUGUUGCUCAUCAUGCUCGUCUGGGUAGAGGAUCUGUACCGGCGAGCCUCAGUAGAUGGAGCAUGCGGCGCCAUAUCGUAGGAUCAAAGAAACCUGGGAGACGGAACAGGGCUCUCCCUUCAAAUGGGGUGCUCUCGGUCGGAAUCUUGCUCGUCGUCCCCGUCGUCGCAUUAUCGAUUAUCGGACCAGACUAUAUUGCGCCUUGGGCUUCGACGUUCAACUUUACAGCUCGAGCGUUGAAGAUUCGCUCAUCUGCGACGGCGCCAUCCGUGACGAUUCAAAAGUCUCUGUGGACUCUCGGAUCCCGAAUGGGCUUCAUCGCAUUCGCCUUGAUGCCUCUGGUUGUGUUAUUGGCCCUCAAAUCCCCUCCCGUGGCUUUCUUGUCGCUUCGUCCCACAGCCCAGCUCUUUGCCGACAAGCUCGCCACUUUGCAUAGGAUCACAGCCUGGCUCAUUUGGGCCAUCACAACGGCGCAUGUCGUGCUCUGGACGGUACAGCUGUUUCAAGAUCAAUAUCAAGGUAUCCCCACUUGGGUCUAUCUCUGGGGCAAUUACCGCUUCAUCUGCGGUGCUGUGGCAUACUUUGCCAUGACAGCGCUCAUGGUGAUGUCACUGCGACCUGUCCGGAAACACCGUUACGAGUUGUUCUUCGGCUCCCAUGUCGUGCUUGUCAUCAUCACGAUCGCGGCGUCUGCGGCUCAUCAUCCGGUCCUUUGGUACUGGAUGGCGGCCGCAGCCGGACUCUGGCUGUGCGAAAGAGUGACCAGAUACCUCCGCUUUGCGUAUAUCAACAAGCUGUGGGGUCGGCGAUCGUCCAAGACACAUGUAGCUGGGAGACGAUACCAGGAUAUCGGAGGUCAUCAGUACGAUGGAGAAUUGGACGUCAAGCAGCCCGUCGAUUUUGGCUAUCACAAUCCCUACUACGGUGCCGAAAAGUUGAAUAAGACUCUGCCGAAGACGCCGCGAAAUGUCAGCGGAUUGACGCAUCACAGCCAAGCUGAAUUUGCGACUCCACGCCAGACGACGGGAUAUUAUGAUGACGAGCAAUUACCGGAUCAGCAGGCUGGUCCGUUCGCCGACCCCUACCGCCGGCGACAGCGACCGACAUCGUUUUCAACCACUACCACGAGCGUUGAACGAGACACGCCAGCGUUCCCCAUACAGGAGGAGUUCCCAGCUUCUCUUGGUCGUGGUGGUCUCCCCUCCUCACAUCCUAUUGACCCUCCGCUACAACGACGUCCUCUUGCAAUCCCUGUCGGCUACGCUCAAGCGCAACUCUUGCCUUCGCGUACUAUUCGUUUGACCAUCAACGCACCUCGUCCAUUCAGAUGGGCAGCUGGUCAAAGCUGUCUGCUUUACCUGCCGGAACUGUCCAAGACGCAAUCUCAUCCCUUCACAAUCAUCAACAAUAGUGGCGAGCAUGAGAUCGUCAUUCUCGUCAAGGCUAGAAAGGGACUGACACGGAAACUUUACGAUCUCAUCCGUGAUAGAUCUUUCCAAGCCAUGGGCUCCAAGGAACCGUACGAUAGACACGUCUCUAUGGCGUCUAUCGGCAGUGUGAGUGUCGGUGGACGGACCGGUAUGUCUGCCCCUCCCGUUCACGUCCGAGCUUGGGUCGAUGGGCCAUUUGGAUCGGCUGGACGUGUCCCCUGGCAUGAGUUUUCCACAGUGACCAUCAUCUGCGGUGGUUCAGGCGUGUCAUUUGGUGCCGCCGUGUGUGACUACGUCUGCCGAACCAUGGCCGAACGUAUGGGUCAACAAGACUCCAAGUAUCGAACGAGACGCGUCCGUUUCUGCUGGGUCGCCAGAGAGUACGCAGAGAUCGCUUGGGUCGCUGCGCAACUGUAUCGAUGUACGCAAAUGGUGGCAGCGGACAAGCUGGAGAUCAGCAUCUUUGUCACUCACUCCCGAGGCAACCCAUACGAUAGUCUCUCUCGACCUCAGCCUGGAUUCAUGCGACAUGAGAGACGAGGCUCCGCCGACAGCGCCAUGAGUGACAUGUCGGCGUCGGUCAAUGGGUCUUUCGAACAGGGCAACGAAUCAGUGUCGUAUGCGGACGUCAUAGACCUGACCAAUUACGAUGACGAGGAGGAUGUCAAUGAUCCAGCCGAGCAGCAAUUCUCUGAUCGACUACAGCAUCAAGGCAAAGUUCAACGCGCAAAGAGUCGAAAAGCUUACAGAGUGCGAGGAGAACGGACAAGCUAUGUGCCGUCUGCGUAUCCUCCAACUCGUCCAUCUCACUUGGCCUAUGGCGACGAAGGACACGGACAUUUCCCCCGAGGACCUCGAUCCAUGUACGAUGAUGAUGAAGCAGCCUCCUCACGUCACCCGCUCUCGCAUCACGAAGAGAUGGAUGCCGAAAAGCAGUACGCCCUGGCAGCUCAAGGAGCUCCGCAGGCCUUGCUCAGUCCUGAUACUUCCAAAUUCCAGCAAGACGCCAUGCCUCCAGAUCCACGAUACGCAUUCCCGCCCCCGUCAUCAGGUCAUGGCAUGUCUCGGAGUGGCUCUUCGGGCCCAUUCAGCCAUCAAAACCCAUUCUAUGGUGGAGCAGAGCCUUAUAGCGUGGGACAAGAUCUCUCCCAUCAAGCCGCCGGACCAUUCCACACGAUCGCGCAUGCUCGAAACGAUUCGUAUCGCUCCAUUGCCGAUUCCGUGGGUUAUGACCCUUUUGCCACCCGCGGCGGGCCAAUGGGUACAUCCUUUGGUCGGGGAACCUCAUCUCCAGCGCCCUCUAUUUUCCUAGGUGACGAUCAACACUCCAUUGCUGGUGAUUCUAUCCGACAUCUGUCGGCUCAGACUCCCAGAUCAGGCAGUAUGGUCUACCUCGCAAACCCGGAGAGCGGGGAUGGCUCGGCUGAUCCAGGUUUGUGGAUCGACCGAGCGGACUAUCACGCUCUGAACGCCAUGACGGAAAUGGCAAGCGCAGGGAAGCCCAAGCUGGCUACCGUGUUGGAAGAGGAGAUUUCGAGAGCAGAGGGAAGGAUGAUCGUCGCCACUUGCGGUCCAGUCACACUCAACACUGUUGUUCGAAACUUGGUGGCGGACAGUAUAUCACCAUCCCGUAUACGACAUGGCGACAAACGAGGACACGUCGCCAUCUAUAGUGAAGAUUACGAGACGUGAAGCGUUCUGAUACUGUAGCAACGAAUUAUUACACGUGCUGUGACCUGAAACGAUCAUGCGACGUAAAAU